AUGGGCACCUACACUACAGCGUUGAAUACAUACAUUUCAGCAAAUAGACUGGGCGACGCUGUGGCAGCAUCCCAGAGCAGUGUCGCUUCAACAUUGGUCACUUCCACGACGACAUCUUCAUCGACUCCUGUGUCGACCGUAGCACUUGCAGCUUCGACAAGUCUGUGUCCUUCCUCAAACUUCACCUCUUUCGCCGACUCGGCUGGCGAUGAUUGGCAGAUUCUUUGCGGCUUCGACACCAGUCCCGGAUCUUUCGGUUCGGUAUCCGCUGCCAGCUUGCCAGCAUGCAUUCAAGCGUGCAAGACAACGACAAAUUGUAACGCGGUAACUUACAUCGGAACCUCGUGCUACUUCAAAAAAGCCUUUGCCUCUCUGAUUACGAAGUCUUCGGCAAGCAGCGCAUUCUUGAUCAACUCACAAAACUAUCCGAUACCAGUGUCCGGAAGCGGUGCAGCGAGUUCUGGAUGCGGUAAGGCUUUGCCAGCCGGUGUUCAGCUUGGAGGUAAAUCGACCACUUUCCAGCUGACGUCGAAUGGCCAAGUCCGGUCGUUCAAUGUGCAUGUGCCCACUUCUUACAAAAACAAUCAAGCAGCGCCGUUGGUCGUUGCGUAUCAUGGACGCUCCAAUAACCAGCUCUCAGUUGAGAGCGACUCGCAGCUUUCGAGCGAAUCUUGGAACCCUUUUGCCAUCGCUGUUUAUCCUCUCGGUGCCAAUCUGGAAUGGCAGGGAGAUCCAGACACAGUUGGUGGCUCGCCUUACUACGACGACCUGGCGUUCACCGAUGAUUUGCUCGAUUACAUCUCAACCCGCUACUGUGUUGACACAAGCAGAACCCUCGCAGCAGGAUUCUCCAACGGCGGAGGCUUCGUCGGUACUCUUGCGUGCGAUUCAACACUAUCCAAAAGAUUUAGCGCUUUUUCUGUAAACUCUGGCGCUGAGUACACUAAUACCACAGGCACUUGCAACCCUCCCUCCGUACUUACGAACACGCUUGUGCAAUCAGUCUGCUCGCCAGAUCGUGCGGACGUCCCGAUGCUUGAGUUUCAUGGCGAUGCUGAUGGCACGAUUCCUUAUCCCGGUGGCCCUCGGCGAGGAUACUGUCUUCCAUCAGUGUCGCACUGGGUGACUGACUGGGCUCUCCGCGACGGCCUGUCAGCAACCAACGUCACUACGUCUUUGGCCAGUGGGAAAGUGACAAAAUACGAGUUUGGGGCUUCGAAGGGUGUGCAAGGGUUGGUUACUCAUUACAAGGUCGCCGGAUGGGGACAUUCUUGGGCAAGUAUCAAUGCUGGAGCUCCGAUUGAUGCUACGCCGAUUAUUAUGGACUUCUUUUAUCGUCAUUCUGGUUGA